GAAGAGAUAUCCAGACGUAGAUUAUUCCGCGUGCGAGGAGCUGUACAAGGACAAGGAGACGGGCGACAGAUUCUUGGACUGGUACAAGGAAUACAAGAGGAAUUACACAGACUACGCAGAAAAGAAAAAGAGGUUUGCGAUAUUUGCCGCGAACUACGUCUACAUGCAGUUUAAGAACAGAACUACGAACGACUACGAACUGGACGUUAACGAGUUCGCGGACAUGACGCCCGAAGAGUUCAAAACAACGCACCUCGGGCUGGGCUCGACCCAGGAGGGCCCGUCCCUGGGGACCUUCUCCCAGACCAGCGACGAGCUCCCAGAGACGGUGGACUACGUCGAGUCGGGCGCUGUGAACAGGCCCGUGAAUCAGG